AUGAAGGUUAGAAAAACAUUUGCUUUAAUUAUUGGAGGUGGACCAACAGGUGUAACAACAGGUUUAUAUCUACAAAAAUAUAAAAUUCCUCAUAUAUUAAUUGAAAAAGAUAAAUAUAUAGAAAAAAUACCUAAAGCUCAUUAUUAUAAUAAUCAAACGAUGGAAGCUUGGAGAAGUAUUUCUCAUUUGGAUAAAUGCUUUUUAAAUGAAACAGAAAACUUAAAUUUAUGGAGAAAUUUUCAAUAUUGCACAAAUAUUAGAAAAGAUAAUUGUGUUGGUUAUUAUGAUAAUUUUAUUAAUAAAUAUACUUAUAAAAAUACAUAUUAUGAAGAUAUUAGUCCAAGUAAAGUUACCCAUCUAUCUCAAUAUAAAUUAUUAGGAAUAUUAUAUAGUUAUUAUUUCAAUAAAAUAAAAUGUGAUAAAAGGAAAAAAAAUGAAUUUUUAAAAAAUAUACAUUUGAAAUUAUCUACUCAUAGAUGUUUAAAAAAUAUUUUCAAAACAUGUGAAUUAGACGAAUCAGAAUAUGAUAAUGUAGUUGAUAAAGAAAAAGGAGAAGAAAAGUUUUAUAAUUUUCAUUCCUAUGACUAUUCAGAAUUAUUAAUAGGAUAUGAAUAUGUAAACUUUUUGAAUAUUAGAGAAUUAAUAGAUUUAUAUAAAUAUAACCGUGUAGAAUACAAUAAAAACGAAUAUAAGAAUAUAAAUGAUAUUGAAAAUGAAAUUUAUAUGAACAAUUAUGAUUGUAAUAAUGAUAUGCAUAAUUUAGAAAAACAUAUGAAUCCUCCAAAUUACAUAAUAACAAAAAUUAAAAAUUUAAAUAAUAAUAAAGAAGAAAUUGUUCUAAGUAAUUAUGUUUUUGUUUCAGAAGGAGGAAAAAGUAAAAUAAAAAAGAGUCUAAGUAUUAAUGAUGAAAACAAAGAGGAAUAUAUGAAAUUUGUAAAUAUACAUUUUAGUUCAAAGUAUUUAAGUAAUUUAAUAAAAUAUAAUCCUUCUAUGUUAUAUUUUAUAUUUAAUGAAUAUAUUGGUGUAUUAGUUUGCCAUAAUUAUAGAAAGGGAGAAGUUGUUCUUCAUAUUCCUUAUAUAACAGAGAAAGAAAAAGAAGUUUACUGCGAUAAAAGCAAUUGCAUACAAAUUAUAAAUAAAUUAAUUGGAUUUCCAUUGUAUGAUAUAAAAAUAUAUAAUAUUUAUAAGUGGAAAAUGCAUAGUUCUAUUGCUUCAACAUUUGUUGAUAAAAAGACUAAACGUAUUAUUCUUUUAGGAGAUUCUGCACAUAAAUUACCUCCAUCUGGAGGAUUUGGUUUGAAUUUAGGAAUAGGAGAUGUUAUUAAUAUAACAUGGAAAAUAAUUAGAAUUUUUAAUUUAAAAAAAAAGUCCUUUUUAGAUAAUAUAGAAAAAAUAAAAGAAUUAAAAAAUUUGUCAAGAAAAAAUACAAAUAAUUUAUCUUAUAUUAUAAAUGAAAUUACAAAAAUGAAUUUUUCCAUGAAUAUAAUGAGUACUGAAGAGAAAAAAAAAAUUGAUAAUUAUAUAAAUUCUUACAAUAUUGAGAGAAAAUUAGUAGCAAAUUUUACUAUUUACAAUGCUGUUAAAAAUUAUGAAAAAGGGAAUAAUAUACCAAAUGCAUUAGGAUAUAAUAAUAAUUUUCUUAUCAGAUUAAUAAAUAAUUGCAACAAUAAUGUAGUCCAAAAUUCUGUUUUGUUUUAUUAUUUAUUUAAAAAUGCUAAAAAGUUUUUAAAUAUUUUUAAUAAUAUUCCAUACAUAUUUCAAUAUAACCAGAAAAAAAUAGAAAAUUUAUUUAAAAAUCAAGAGAACGUAUUAACUUUGUUGUAUCCUGGUGUGGAUUUCUGCUAUUCUUAUAUAGAUACAAUAGAUGAAAUCAACGAAGAAAAAAUAUAUAAAAAAAGUUCAUGCUUUAAUAAAAAUAAUAUUAAAAGUAAGAUACACAAUGAAAUUAAAAUUAAAAAUUCAAUAGGAAAUAUUCAAAAAGAAGAGGAACAAAAUAUACAAAAUUUUCAUAAUAAUAAUAUAAAUGAAGAAAAUAGUUACGAUUUGUUAAAUAAAAACAAUUUAGAUAAUUUAUCCUUUGAAUCAGAAAAAAACAUAAAAUAUAAAGAUAAUAUAAAUAAUAAUAAUGACCAUUUCACUUUUGAAAAUAUCCAAUCUUGUACAGCAGAGAAAAAUAAGAACCAAAAUAAUUGUUUUAAUUACACAAAUGAUUUUCAAGACAAAAAUAUUUUUGAAGAAAAAAAAGAAAGAGUACCUAAAUUAAAAGUAAGCAAAAAUAUAUAUGAAUAUGAAAUUCCUAGCGUAAAUGGAUCAAAAAUACCCCAUUUUAAUCUUUAUACAUUUGAUCAAAAUCGUAUUUAUAAAUUAUCUACAGUUGAUUUACCUAUAUUUAAUAAUACAAAUUUAUCAAUUUUAGUUAUUUUGUUUGAUAAUAUAAUUUUAAAUAACUUAAUUGAUUAUUUAUCAGUACAUAAUAUAUCACAAGACAAAUUUUCUUUAUGUAUAUGGGAUUCAGAUGUUUUAAUAUAUAAAAGCAACAAAGGUGAAUCUAUUAAUAUUAUAAAAAAGGAAGAUAUUAAAAAGAUAGACAAAACAAUUUAUAGUAAUAAAAUAGUUGUUAGUGAUAAUUUUUUACUCAACCAAAAAAAAAAAUAUCACAUGGGAGAUGCUUCAAAAAUAAAGCAUAUUCAAAUGAAUGCAACGAAUUAUAACGUUAGUUAUGUUUUCACAUCAAAAAUAAUAAAAGAUAUGUUUUUAAAUGUUUUAAAUUUAAAAUCAAAGGAUUCUUACGUAAUUUUAAGGCCAGAUAGGCAUAUUAUAUCAGCGGGAGAUCAUGAUUUAUUUGAUUGCAUUAAGUUAAUAAAUAAAAUAUACAUAUAA